UGACCUUCGCUCGCUUUCUUAAUUCUUACUCGGUGCUCGGACUAUCAAUCUUCAGUCUUACGAAUUUUAGUAGUCUGACAUAUGUUGGAUAAACUCUUUCACGUUCACGCUCGCGCUUGAAUUUCCGCUCCCACACGCGCACUUGCCUCGUUCAAUUAACCAACCGCCUUCCGUUGGGAGGAAUGGGAUUGGCGAGGGCUCGAAAGAGCUGGACGAUCAAGUCCCUCGCCUUCCUCUCUCUCCUCCUCUGCUUCAUCCUGGCCGUCGGAUGGACCGUCGCUCUACGAGACAAGCCGGAAAACUACCUCCGGUUCCCGUCGGCGGCGGCGCCGUUCAAGAUCGCUCUGUUCGCCGACCUCCACUUCGGCGAGGACGCGUGGACCGAUUGGGCCCCGAAACAAGACUUGAAUUCAGUGAAGGUCAUGUCCGCUGUACUCGAUAAAGAAAACCCAGAUUUUGUAGUUUAUCUUGGGGAUGUAAUCACUGCUAAUAAUGUAAUGAUCGCGAAUGCAAGCUUGUAUUGGGAUCAAGCAAUCUCUCCUACGAAAGCCAGAGGAAUACCAUGGGCUAGUGUGUUUGGAAACCAUGACGAUGCACCAUUUGUGUGGCCACUGGAGUGGUUUUCAGCCACUGGAAUUCCUCAACUUCGUUGCCCUGCAGCAAUUAGCUCACUCUCAGCCUCAGGUGAAGAAGAUUGUAGCUUCAGAGGGACAGAGCGUUUGGAGCUAAUGAAAAAUGAGAUCAAGGACAACGCAUUAUCGUACUCUAAAACUGGUCCGAAGGAGCUUUGGCCAAGCGUAUCCAACUACAUUCUUCAACUCUUACCCGCAAAUGGUUCUCCAUCACCAGUGGCUCUCCUGUACUUUAUGGACUCUGGUGGUGGUUCCUAUCCAGAAGUUAUAUCAGGAACCCAAGCGGAAUGGUUCCGAAAUAAGUCCCAUGAGCUUAACCCUGAUUCAAGGACUCCUGAGAUAAUCUUCUGGCACAUACCAACCACGGCCUAUAAGAAGGUGGCUCCAACGUCUCUGCCGCAAUCAUCCUGUGUGGGUUCCAUUAACCUGGAGAGUGUUGCUCCUCAAGAAGCCGAAAUGGGCGUUAUGAAACUUCUUGAAGAAAGGCCUUCUGUCAAGGCAGUAUUUGUAGGACACAACCAUGGAUUAGACUGGUGCUGCCCCUACAAGAAACUAUGGCUUUGCUUUGCCAGGCAUACCGGUUAUGGUGGAUACGGAACCUGGGCCAAAGGAGCUAGAAUUUUGGAGAUCACUCAGCAACCCUUCUCUCUCAAGUCAUGGAUAAGGAUGGAAGAUGGUCAAACCCAUAGUGACGUUAUCUUGAGCUCUCAAAGUUGAAAUGUAUUUCUUUCAUCCUUUCUUUUUGAUCAAUUUUCUUCAAAGGAAAAGGGUUUUCUCCAAAACAAAAAGUAAAGGUAUAUGGAUGUAUUUUUAUCUUGUAAUCGCUGACGCCUGGCUAAAUAUAAGCCAGAAACAACUUAUGAUUUGUACAUAUCACGGUUGUGUAUAGCACAUACUUGUUAUCUGAGAUGAUGGGAAGAUGAAUUAUGUGCUUGAAAUAA